UAAAUUGGAAGCAUGUAAAAGUCAAUCGACAACAUCUACAAACAGUAUUAAAUUAUUUAACUGCUAUUUGAAAUUGACAACUGCUAUUGCUAAUUGUUAUUAACAAUGUCUCUCCAACCCUUCUUUGAAUUGCACCCCUUCCAAGACGUCUUUUCUGACUUUUUGAGUUAUUCUCCUCGUGUCCAACGCCAGAACCGUGUUGGUGAUUUGUCACCGGCCAUUGAUGUUCAUGAAGGCAAAGAUACCGUCGAGGUGGAUGUAGAACUUCCUGGUGUCAAAAAGCAAGACGUACAGGUUCAUUACGAUGAAGGAAAAUUGACGAUUUCUGGUGAAUCUGUAAACGAACGCAAGAGCGAAAGCGACAAAGGAAACCAAAGAUGGUCGGAACGUCGCUUUGGUUCCUUCUCUCGAACAAUCACCAUUCCAAACAGGGUGGACGCCGACCGCAUUGAAGCUCAAUUUAACCACGGUAUUCUAAGCAUUGUCAUGCCAAAGAUUGAAGAAUCUCGAUCGAGAAAGCAAGUUUCUAUUAAGUAAUAACGACCGACAAAUCUUAUGUUGAAUCACUUGUGGAUUGUAGCGAAACAAAAUUGAGCCAUAAUACGAUGUUUAAUUAAUUCUACGAAAUAAUCAUAAAUAAUGACAGAAAAAUGAAAUAAUUCUUAGUGGAUAAA